AGUCGACAGCGUUGCCACUGACCACAUGGACGCUGUCAAAGCAACGGCAGCAGCAAGGAGAAAUGAAAAACGCAUGUCUCUUGCUAUGUAGUAUAGGAUGCGUCGGGGGGAUCCCAAAUGAUAGUUCUAAGAGUCGACAGCUUGCUGACAUAUCCCACCUCGAGAUCCAUGGUAGUGAUAGGAAGAACUCAAUGGUAUAGGUAUUAGUUCUGGUCAUGGGUGAUCAAAUUCUUGUCCGCUUAGUCAGAGCCAGCCACUGGCAGUCCCCAAGUGCUUACAACCUGUGCUAGUAUGGCCACUGUCGCUCAUCACAUUCAUUCAGACUAUGAUCCUGCAGAUCGAGAGCGACUAGAGAAGGAGACGGGUCAACGCCAACUUUCUCUGCUAAGUACUCGCCGUGCCCCACCCCCAUCCUUUGUUCCCGCGCACAUUCAAUACGACGAGUGGGGUUCUACUGUUUCGCUUACACAUACAGUAUCUUCGAAUACCUCUGCUCCGGACAACGGGACCUUUGAGUGGUACAGAGAUUUGACAAGAGAUAGCUCUAGGACGUCAGGGAAUCAACCACCGACACCCAGGUCGUCAAGUACACCCAACGAGGCCCCAAAACCAAAGAAGGCGGCUACCACAAAGAACGACUACAAACCUAGUUCUCCUGCACCAUCAUUAGCAGACCUCCUCGCACGAGAUCCACCACCACUACUCCUACUACGGAAGGGUGGCUGGAACGAAGGAGAAGGGCUUGGUGCACACGUCGCUCGAUCUCUGCGCCCAGCACACACAUCUGUGUCAAUCUCGCAUGCGGGGACAAAAGAGUCUCGAGACAUACUUCCCGACCUCAUCGACCUCACCCAAUCUGGAUCAGAGCCAGAAGAUGAUGACUUUGAAUCUUUCCACCGAUCGCUUUCCCUCCUGCUUACUCCAACAUCCUGUGCAUCUAAAGAACCUGAUCCGUACUCACAGAGGUUGUUGUUGACGCCUAUUCCAACGGUACUUAAAUCCGACCGCCUCGGUAUUGGUUUGAAGGCGAAAACGGAGGGCCCAUACAAGCAGUCGAAGAAGCGGUUUACUCAUAACCAAGCGGCAUUGGCAUCUCACAUUAAGACAUCUGAGGAGCUGCGAAGGAAGAGAGUUAAGGUUGGUCGAGGUCGAAGAGGAUUUGCAAAGGUACGAAAGCGCGAAGAGAAUGAAAGCUCGCAUAUCUUAACACUUAUACACGCGGGUGGCAUGCCUGUGGGGGGGCCCUUGCCGCUGACGGACAUAGAUGUUGUCAAAGCAGCAACAGCAGCAAGGAGGAAUGAAAAACGCAUAUCUCUUGCUAUGUAA